AUGGAAGGAAAGGUAGAACAGAAAUAAUGGGAAAUUAUUAGCUUGACUAUUUAAAAUGUCGUUCUAAGUGUUUUAAACUACGCACUUAUAUUUGGAAUCUUGAAGGAUCCCUUUGUUUUUUAUCAGACUCCUUCUAACGCUAUAACAUCAACUACUAGGUUAAGAGAUCAAGGAAAAAAUGUGAAAUAGACAUAAUGGUCUCUACUGUUUUAGGCGGUGAUUUUAAUAGGAAUUUCUUUUGUUGCUGUUGAUAGAGUAAACUCUUUUUUUGGAAUAAUUCUUCCCACUGUCUACUCCUUCUUUAUAUUCUUGAAUUAUAGAUAAAUCGGUGAUUCAGGUAAAAUGGUUUAGACGCUAAAAAUCAUUAAUGUUUACAAGAUAGUCAUGAUCAGCUUAAUGACUGUCUUAGCAUUGGUAGUCUUGAUAUUGGGAUUUAUAGGAUCUAACACUAAUAUCAUUGAAGUAAUAAAAGUAGUGCUGUCAGUGGGAGGUUUAAGAAUCCUGUUAUAACUAAUAGGAGGUUAUUUACCUAACUAUAUUGCAUUGAGACAUUUAGAUAAUCUAAUUUGA